UAUUCCUCUGCCAGAGUGUUUCUGUCUCCUGAGGUUUUUCUCAUUCCCUGGUUGUCAUCCUCUUCCUUUUUGGCAUUAACUCUCUCUCGCUCUCUUUAUAUUUGUAAGGACGAGAGACAGAGAGAGAGAGAGAGAGAGAGAUUUGGACAGACAGAAAGAGAGAAAGAUUAAUAUGCGUUGAUGAAGGAGGAUAGAGAGAGGAAGGAGCUACAAUUUAAGUGCAGACACACACACGCUGAACUCAACAAACACACGUUUCGCUCUCAUCUGACCGCGGAGCUGUCUCAUGCUACAGGUGUGUAACAGCGGACAGCAGUUAUGGGUCUCGUCAUGGGAGCAUUCUCCAUGCAGGGCAAACAGGUGGACUAUCACCCAGAUAAGGUGGAUGAUGAUCUGGAGCUGUCUGUGGUGUGUCACCGUCCCGAGGGUUUGGAGCCACUGGAGGCUCAGACAAACUUCAACAAGAAAGAGCUGCAAGUGCUCUACAGAGGCUUUAAAAACGAGUGUCCCAGCGGUGUGGUCAACGAGGAGACGUUCAAACAGAUCUACUCGCAGUUCUUUCCUCACGGCGACGCCAGCACAUACGCGCAUUACCUGUUUAACGCCUUCGACACUUCCCACAAUGGAUCCAUCAAAUUCGAGGACUUUGUAAUGGCUCUGUCCAUCUUGUUGAGAGGAACAACAACAGAGAAGUUGCAGUGGACCUUCAACCUGUACGACAUUAACAGAGACGGUUACAUUACUAAAGAGGAGAUGACUGAUAUAGUGAAAGCCAUAUAUGACAUGAUGGGCCGCUUCACGUAUCCUGCUCUGAAGACAGACGCUCCCAAACAACAUGUGGACGCUUUCUUUCGGAAAAUGGACAAGAACCGUGAUGGAGUCGUCACUCUUGAUGAGUUUAUUUUCUCCUGUCAAGAGGAUGAAAACAUCAUGAGAUCAUUGCAGCUCUUUGAGAACGUGAUAUAGAGCUACAGGAAGAAAGAAACCGAUGAACUGUUGAAUCUGAUCACAUAAAGGAGGAAUAACUUUUACCCCAAUCACCAUGGUUACAGUUUGACAUCACCUUGUUACCAUGGCAAUAUGCCGACUGUUUGAUUUACAUCCCAGGAAACCUGCGCAUCCUUUAAACCCGGUGUUUGACCUCGUUCUGUUACAGACGUGAGAUUUAUAUGUCUAUAACCAAAAAAGCUACUAUGUCGGUAAUUGUGUGUGCGAAAGGCCCAGCGGGUUUCCAAGAGGUCCUGUAGAAGCCAGUUGAGCUCUUUCCAUCGGACUGAAUUUACUGUGAGGGAUUUGAAAGUAUAUGUGAUGCAUUUUAAACUAUUUAUGGCGGAUUGUGGGAACGUUUUUCAAGAGCAACAUCUGAUAUACUCAACCUGUGAUAGUUCUCCAGUUAAUGUGCUACAGAUAUUCAUCCUAAAACCAUUUUUCUGUGUCUGUCAUUUAGGUAGGAAUGCUUAUAAUAUAACCAGUGGUUUUCUCAUGAUCCGACCCAUCAGAGUUGCUUGUCUGCUGUGUUUGUUUUUGACAGCAUUUGUCUUGUGCUCGUGCAUCUCGUCAUCCUGACCAUUGCUUGCUGGUCGUGUCCAUUAUUAGUGAUAGUCUGUAUUCAUCACUCGUCUCUUGUUGGCUUGUGAUCGCUCUUAGCUUGGCCUACUCGAAUAUCUGUUUUCUGAUUGGUCUGUUUGGCUGUCAGUGUCAUCUGAGAAGUAUCCUCAAAUGUGGUUCACAUUAAUGAAGUAGAGUGAUUUUAUUUAAAUAUGCAUAAAUUAGAGAGAGCAGGUGUCUUAUUUCUAAUGAUUUUGGGGUGAAAUGUGACACAUUGGCUCCUGUGCAGAUGGCUAUAGCAAGCUUUAGCACUCACUAUAUUUGUCUUUGUUUGUGUUUAACUAAUAUAAAACCAUUUUUUGUUUUAUUGCGUUAAAGCUGUGAAUUGCCAAAACUUAUUACUGUUUUAUGCAGCCAUAAUGCCAACUAACUGUGACAUGAUUCAAGAGAGCAAAAAAAAAAAAUUAUUUAAAAGACUGAAAAUAAAAGAUUUAUAUAAUGCUUUGAUUUGUCUAGACAAAUGCAACUCAGCAUAAAUGACAUUAACAAUCCAGCUGCUUCGAAAUCUAAUAUAUAUAUCUGAAUGAAACUGAAUAUUAUUUGUGGCCUAAUGGUUAGAGAGUAGCAACUAAGGUCGCAGGUUCAGUUCUCAACAUUGGAUUUGAGUUGAAAAAUAGAGAAAAUAUAUUUAAAAUGAUAAUAAUAGUAAACUCUUCA